AUGCCGGCAACUGUGAUCCUGGAGCCCGCAGACCGCUGCUGCUGGGACGAGCCGGUGCACAUCACUGUGCACGGGCUGACCCCGGGGCAGCGGGUCACGCUGCGCGCGUCCCUGCGCGACGAGAAGGGCGCGCAUUUCCGGGCCCACGCGCGCUACUGCGCAGACGGCGGCGGCGAGCUGGACCUGGCGCGCGCGCCCGCGCUGGGCGGCAGCUUCGCGGGCCUCGAGCCUAUGGGACUCAUCUGGGCCCUGGAACCCGAGAAGCCUUUUUGGCGGUUCUUGAAGCGGGACGUGCAGACGCCCUUCGCGGUGGAGCUGGAGGUGCUCGAGGGUCACGAGCCCGAGCCGCAGCGGGUCCUGGGCCGGGCGGUGCACGAGCGCGACUUCCUGCGGCCUGGAGUACGGAGGGAGCCGGUGCGCGCGGGCCGUGUGCGCGCCACGCUCUUCCUGCCGCCAGGACCUGGACCUUUCCCAGGGAUCAUUGACAUCUUUGGCAUAGGAGGAGGCCUGUUGGAAUACCGAGCCACUAGUCUACUGGCUGGGAAGGGUUUUGCUGUGAUGGCUCUGGCUUAUUACAACUAUGAAGACCUCCCCAAGGGCAUAGAGACCCUCCACCUGGAGUACUUUGAAGAAGCCGUGAACUACCUGCUCAAUCGCCCUGAGGUAAAGGGUCCAGGACUUGGGCUGCUUGGAAUUUCUAAAGGGGGUGACCUCUGCCUCUCCAUGGCCUCAUUCCUGAAGGGCAUCACGGCUGCCACCAUAAUCAAUGGCUGUGUGGCCAAUAUUGGGGGAGUCUUACACUACAAAGACGAGACCCUGCCCCCCUUGAGUGCCAACCGAAAUCGAAUCAAGGUGACCAAAGAUGGCGUUGUAGACAUCACGGAUGCCCUCAAUAGCCCUUUGGAAGGCCCUGACCAGAAGAGCUUCAUUCCUGUGGAAAGGGCUGAGUGUACCUUCCUGUUCCUUGUUGGUCUGGAUGACCACAACUGGAAGAGUGAGUUCUAUGCUAAUGAGGCCUCUAACCGCUUACAGGCCCAUGGUAAGGAAAAGCCCCAGAUCAUCUGUUACCCAGGGGCCGGGCACUGUAUUGAGCCUCCUUACUUCCCCAAGUGCUGGGCUUCCCUGCACGCCUUGGUGGGCAGUCCUGUCAUCUGGGGUGGGGAGCCCAGAGCUCAUGCCAUGGCCCAGGUAGAUGCUUGGAAGCAACUCCAGGCUUUCUUCCACAAACACUUAGGUGGUAAAGAGGGGAAAACCCCAACAAAACUGUAACCUUUUAUUUGAUUUUGUGGCAUCUCUGAUGCUAAUAUGUCCUGAGAGCAGCCGCCACAAUUAGUGUGCAUGUGUUCAGUAACUACUUCUACCCCCAC